AUGAACAAAGGAACACCGAACAAUAAAAAGAAACGUUCACAUUCACACGAGGAGGAAAGUAAUUCAUUUGUCAAGAAUGUAUCAUCUACUGUAUCAUACUUAUUGCCCUCUUCAAUCAAAAAGUGGUUUAGUACUCCAUGUACUUCCAAUACCAAUGGUUCUGCUCAAGUAGCUGAUGCAACAGAUUCAUCUUCUGAAGAUGAGGUACCUGAAAGCCCUGUAACAUUAUCACAACCACCUCCAAAGAGGAUGCGUUAUAAUUCUUCUGGAAAAUUAAAUGACUUUGGACAAUCUGAUGUGAACAGUACUACAGCAAGUAAUGUUGAUUCUUUAGAAACAUAUACAGCUCUACAAUCCCAUCCUAGUAGAACAACAUUCAGAAGAGAACCUGAUUAUGUAUCUACUCGUAUUCAUUCUACAGUUAGUGAAUUAACCACUGAGAAAAAUGAACAAGACUCAACUGUUUCUAAACCACAACAUUCUCUUUCAACAAUAGGUCCUUCAGUUGCUAGACAAAGAAAGUCGCUUUUUGACAUGCUAAAUAAAGACUCUUCAAAAAAUGCAUCUGCUAAAUCAUCUAGCACAUCACAAGAUCCUGAACAGCCUUAUUUUAAGCCAAGUUUGCUAGGUUCACUAUUUUAUCCAGGAAAAACGAUGUAUGGAGGAGCUGCAUCAUAUUACAUGAAUCAACCAAACAUCAAGUUAUGCAAAACUACAAUGGUUAAUGAAUCCAGUAGCCCUCAUGAUAAUACUAUUAGUCAUUCUGCUAGACGUGUUAUGGAUUUGUUAGAACACUAUUCAUCACCACUGUCAGAAGCUAAACGAAUAUCACAGUAUGUUAAUUUCUCCAGAAAUGAUAACUUAAGUAAAAGCUUAGAGAGCGAUUCUCUGAAAGCUAAUAGAAGUUCUACAUAUAAAACACAAGAACUACAUGUGCCAAGUAUUGCAUCAAUUCUGUCAUUGAAACAGAGAUCGCGUCUCAUGGAUACAACAAAUACAGCAAGACAAAUUAUUGCAUCACACAGUAGUGCAGUCAAUUACUCGCCUUAUCCAAAGUGCAGCAUACAGAGUGAAUCAUCAAAUAAGGAUAAUGGUGAUAAAUUAAUAAAAAAAGUAAAAUCCAGAGUAACAAGAACAAAAAGAGGCGAAAGCUCUGAAUUUAAUAAUGUAUCUACUCCUGUAAAGCUACCCACAGGUGUUUUGGAAAUUGAUCAAAACAAUUUACCCAAAUUUAAUUUUGGUAGUCCUAUCGUAUCAAAAUCAUCAACUUCUACGGUUCAGUCUAUUACAACUCCUGUGACAGAAACUUCAACUUCUUUAGACUUUAAAACAAAAGGUGGUGUAAAAUUUGUUGAGUCAGAAACACAAAAAACUAACGACAGUUAUAAAUUUUCAACCCCUGUUAUUGUAUCAAAAGAAAUACCAUUUAGUUCAACAAUACCUAAAUUUACUUUCGAUAUUCCAGGGAAGAAUAUUGAAGAAACAGCUGUAAGUAAGGAAAAACAUGUAAACAUUUUUGUUAGUUCAUCACCAAAUAAUGAUUAUAAAAAAGUGUCUGUCGAGAUAUCUAAAGAUUGGACAUGUCCAGAUUGUUGGGUAAAAAAUAAAGAUAAUGUUACUAAUUGUGUAUGUUGUUCUGCCAAAAAGAUAACCGAGGAAAAUAAAGCACUUGUUAAGUGUUCAAUCUGCAAUUCUGAACUAAUAAAUCAAACCAAUGUUGGUAAAUUGCCUAAUUGCCCUAAUUGCCAAAGAACUGAAAAAGGUAAUAGCAAUAAGUUGCAAACCUUAUCGGUUUCAGAGGGUUUGAAAUGGAAAUGUGAAGAUUGUUGGGUUAGUAAUGAAGAAACAGCAGAAAAGUGCGUUUGUUGUGGUGGUAAAAAUCCUAAAUUGUCCUUUCUUGUUGAAAAGAAAGCUAAUAAAAAUGAUAGUGAAUGGAAGUGUAAUGACUGUUGGAUUAAUAAUAAAAGUACUGUAGAUAAAUGUGUUGCAUGUGGCGGAGUUAAACCUGGUGCAACUCUCAAGAGCAAACCUAUGAUUUCAAUUAUCCCAACUAAUAAACUUCUGUCAUCUUCAUUUAAACCACAGGAUAAUACAUUUCAGAACAUUGUUAAAUCACAGACUGAUAAAUGGGAAUGUUCUAACUGUUUGGUCAGAAAUGAUAGUGAUAAGACUAAAUGUGUUUGUUGUGAGACAGAAAAACCGGGGGCUGUAAAAGAGUCGAAACAUGUAAACUUCAACUUUGGUAUGAAUGUAAAUACCACAUUCAAGUUUGGAAUUGAUCCAAAAGCUCAAGAAAUUAAAUCAAGCGAAGGAAAAGAAAUGGAACAAAAAACUACAGAAAAAUCUAAAAGUGAAGAGUUAGAGGCAAACAAUAAUAUUUUAGCUGAUACACCAACUUUUACUUUUGGUAUACCUACAAAGAAAAUUGAAGAAAAAUCAAUAACCGAUGAAUCAAAAAAUGUGGCAGAGAUUCCAAAAUUGAAGUUUACUUUUGGUAUUCCAAAACAAAUGGUGAAUGAUUCAUCUAAAAACACGAAUUUAACACAAAAUGAUGAGAAACAGGAUUCAGUAAUUAAUUCAAUUGAAAAGCCACAGGAAGUACCAACAGUGGAGUUCAAACUCCCUAAAUCAACACAAGAUUUUCCUAAAGAACCAGUAAAUAUAUUUACAUCUUCAGUGACACCAGCAGUAUCUGAUGACAAACCGCUUAAACCUAUUGUAACUGAAGUUGUACCCAGCACAAUUGUAGUAGAAAAAAGCAUAACAUUCACACCCUUAAUUUUACAAACCACGGCAGCAAGUGAUGUAAAUAAGUCGAGUACUUUUUCUUUCACAGGAACAGGUCUUAAACCAGCUACAAACUCAUUUACUGUCCCUGUUGCAAAUGCUACUACUACAUCUAGUAAUUCUUCGCCACUACUUGCGCCAGUAACCACUUCUUCCUCAUUGUUUCAAAAAAGUGACAGUAAUACAUCUCCAGCAGUAUCAUUGUUCCAAAAAGUUGAUGCAGUUCCAUCAACAUUAAAUUUCUUUCAAAAGAACAAAUCUACCACUACAACAGCAAAUGAUGUUCCAGCAUUUACAACAUCUAAAGUAUUGUUCAGCUUUGGCACUAGCAAUCAAACUGCUUUAUCUCAACCCGAAAAACCGAAAUUUAAUUUUAAUUUCGGAAAUACAAAUAAAACGGAUGCACCAUCUAUAUUUAAUGCAACAUUUGGGGCAACUACAAAUGCAAAUACCAAUUCGAACAAGUUUGCUCUUCCAACUGCAAAUACAGUACAAACAGGUCCUUCAGUACCAGGAGGCCCACUUGGUAGUGGCAGUGGCUUAACAACUGGAAGUUCUAUAAACAGUAAUAGUUUGUCAGCGAAUAAUGUACUUCCAACAGGAAAUAAUGGACUAUCAACAGGAAAUCAAAUAAAUGUUAGUGACUCGGGAAAUGAUACUUUGAACACAGGAAAUGCUUUGAAAACUAACAACAUUUUACCAACAACUCCGUUAAGUAACAUAUUUAGUGGUGCAUCUACACCACUACAACCACAAAAUGAAAAUAUUUGGUCAAGUACAAACAAUACUUCUGGAAAUUUGUUUUUACCAAAUGCAACUAACAACAACCCAUUAUCAAGGGCUGCAACAUUUACUUUUGAUACAUCUACACCUUUUAAUACUAGUAAUGCUGGAUCUGCAUUUGGGACUAAUAAUACUCAGAAUGUAUUUCCUACAGAGAAUCAAAGUUCUAAUGCUUCUUCGUUAUUUUCUAAUCCAGCUCAGAAUCAAACAACACCAAAUAUUUUUGGUUCGCCCCAACAAAGUAGUGGCCCUACUCCUGCUAUUGGAGUAUUUGGAAAUAAACAUUCAAAUGUUACCGUAACUAAUACUUUUACACUCAAUCCUACAAUGCCGUCAUUUGAAGUCCCUUCGCAAGCCCCUGCUCCUGCUACAAGUUUUAAUUUUGGCGCACAACAGCUUGGCACUGGCGUAUUUGGAUUUGGACAGCAGCAGCAACAAAUGUCUCAACAAUUUCAAAGUCCUGUUUAUAACUUUGGGUCCAGUCAAGGCACACCACAAUUUAACAUGGGUAGUGCACCAAACACUUCAGUUCGGCGCGUUAGAAAAGCUGUGCGUAGAACGACACAACGGUGA